AUUGGCUCUAAGGUACUUCCUCUGGUUUAGGAAGGCAAAGCCCUAGAUAAAAAUGACAAGAUGAUCAUUCCAAAAGUUAUGGAUAUUAAUGAAGGCUCCGAUGAAGACCAGCUUACGAGUUAUGAUAUGCAGCUCAGUAUUCAAGAAUCAAUUGAAGCCAGCAAGACUGUAUUUUAUCCUGAAAGAUUUGUGGUCAAAACCCUAAGUGAUGAAAACAGAAAACUUGUGGAGGCCAUAAGGCAAGGUCACAUUCUUGAGCUCCAGGAAUAUGUGAAAUACAAAUAUACACUGGAUGAAGCUGAUGAGAAAGGAUGGUUUCCAUUACAUGAAGCUGUUGUUCAACCCAUUCAGCAAAUACUUGAGAUUGUUCUGGAUGCAUCCCAUGAGACACUCUGGGAAUUCAAAACACCUGCUGGAGAAACACCCUUGACUUUGGCAAUCAAAGCAGGUCUGGCACAAAAUGUGAGAACUUUACUAGAAAAGGGAGUCUGUGCAAACACCAAAAAUGACAAAGGAGAGACACCCCUUCUGAUUGCUGUGAGAAAGGGCUCCUAUGAUAUGGUGUCUGCUCUGAUUAAACACAACACUAAUCUUGACCAGCCCUGUGUCAAGCGAUGGUCAGCAAUGCAUGAAGGAGCCAAACAAGGCCGCAAAGACAUCAUUGCUCUGCUGCUAAGCCAUGGAGGUAAUGUCCAUGUGAAGGAUGGAUUUGGAGUCACACCACUGGGUGUAGCCGCUGAGUAUGGUCACUGUGAUGUGUUGGAACACCUCAUUCACAAAGGAGGUGAUGUGUUUGCUUUGGCUGAUGAUGGAGCGUCUGUGCUGUUUGAGGCAGCAGGAGGGGGCAAUCCUGAUUGCAUUUCGCUCUUGCUAGAAUAUGGGGGAAGUGGAAAUGUACCUAACAGAGCAGGACACCUUCCUAUACACCGAGCUGCUUAUGAAGGACAUUAUCUUGCCCUGAAAUAUCUUAUUCCGGUAACAUCUAUAAAUGCAAUCCAGAAGAGUGGGCUAACACCGGUCCACUCAGCAGCUGAUGGACAAAAUGUUCAGUGCCUCCAACUGCUCAUUGAAAAUGGCUUUGAUGUCAAUGUCCUGCUUGCUGACCACAUUUCUGAGAACUAUGAUGAUAACAGAAAGACUGCACUAUAUUUUGCUGUUUCAAAUAAUGAUAUCCAAUGCACAGAAGUUCUUCUGACUGCAGGUGCAGACCCAAACCUAGAUCCCCUCAAUUGUCUACUUGUGGCAGUAAGAGCCAAUAAUCACGAAAUUGUCCGGCUGCUUCUUUCCCAUGGAGCUAAUGUCAACUGUUAUUUUAUGCAUGUGAAUGACACUCGUUUUCCCAGUGCCAUUCAGUAUGCCCUAAGUGAUGAGGUAAUGAUGAGACUGUUGCUGAAUAAUGGCUAUAAAGUGGAGAUGUGCUUUGAUUGCAUGCAUGGUGACAUCUUUGGAAAUACGUUUGUCUGGUCAGAGAUAGAAGAAGAGGAAUUGCCUGGAUGGACAUCUUGUAUAAUAAAAGAUAAUCCGUUUUGUGAGUUUAUUACAGUUCCUUGGAUGAAGCAUUUGGUAGGCAGCGUUAUUCGUAUUUUAAUAGAUUACAUGGAUUAUGUCCCUCUAUGUGCGAAACUGAAAUCUGCUCUUGAAGUACAGAAAGAAUGGCCAGAAAUUCGUCAGAUACUAGAGAAUCCUCGUUCACUGAAGCAUUUGUGUCGAUUAAAAAUUCGAAGAUGUCUGGGGCUUCAGCAACUCUGCCAACCAGCCUCAAUGGAGAAACUUCCUCUACCACCAAUUAUUCAAAGAUAUCUCUUAUUUAAAGAGUAUGACCUCUAUGGACAAGGGCUAAAACUGGCAUAAUAUUUAAAAUGUCAUUUUAAAAUAUCUUAAAAUGAGAUUUCCUUGGAGAAUUGCUUGGCUUGUCAAUCAUACUACAUUCUUAAAUGUAUUUGAAUACAUUGGGAGUGUUAUAACUAGAUUAUGGAAACACUAUCAAAAGAUAAUGUUUAUAUUAUAUAGCACAGUGGGUAGGGCAUUUGCCUUGCACCCAGCCAACCAGGGUUCAAUUCCUCUGCCCUCUCGGAGAGCCCAGCAAGCUACCAAGAGUAUUGCUUACAUGGCAAAGCCUGGCAAGCUACCCAUGACGUAUUCGAUAUGCCAAACACAGUAACAACAAGUCUCACAAUGGAGAUGUUACUGGACCCACUGGAGCAAAUCGAUGAACAACGGGAGGACAGUGACAGUGACAGUACAUUAAUUAUAUUAUAAAUAUUUUAAAGAUUUUACCUUUUAAAGAUUUCUAUAUUAUAAUCUUUUAUGUUAUUUUCCAAUAUUUAUUUGAAUUUCAAUUGAUUAUCUGCACUUGCAACAAGUCUUUCAACAAUCUCUGUAGUAUCAAUGAGCAAGCCUGUCCUAUUUCUCCUUCUUUCUUUCUUAAAAAUCAAAAAAGGUAGGGCUUCCUCCUGACAAGGCUCAGGGGACCAUAUCGGAUGCCAGGGAUUGAACCCAGGUCAGCUGGUACUAGACAAAUGACCUGUCCACUGUACUCUAUCCCUCUCUGACCCCAAGACUCUCCUAUUUUCAUAAAACAAAAAGCCUCUUUCUCAAAUCUCUCUUUCCAACCAGUUGCUGGCUCAUUCCUCUCCUUUCCUUUUUCGUCACAUUAAGCAAAAGAACUUCCUGCCUGGUGAUUUACAUGCUGUGACCUGACUUCCUUCUCCACUGCCCUUCUCAGAGUCCUUAACCCUCCUUGUUGCUAAUUUCAUUUUUUUCUUUCAAACGAUUCCUGCAACCCUUGACACCAUUGCCUACUCUCUCCGGGAAAUGAUCUUCCCUUAAUUUGUGUAAAACCUUUCUCUCUUAGAUCUUCUCCUACCUCCCUGUCUUCCUCUGGCUUCUUUUGGUAUUGCUUAUCUCCUGCCAACCCUUUCCAAAAAUAUCCUAGGCCCACUUUUCUUCUUAAAUAUAUUACAUUUGUGGGGAUGAGGGGGAGUUCAUCCAUUUCUAUGAUUUUGAUUACUAUGUCUGUAUAAAAUUUUUAUCUGAAUAUAAAAUAAAAAUUUUAUCUGGAUAUAAAAUAAAUAAAUAAUAAAAAUAAUAAUAUAAAAAAUAAAAAUAUAAAAAAAUUUUAUCUGGAUAUAAAAUUUUUAUCUGAAGAACAGUUCUUUCUCUUAUGUGCUCGACCCCAUGUAGCCAGUUUGCCCAAUCGAUCUUUAAUCACAAAGAUAGAUGCCCAAAUGAGCUCACUUCCUUUCCCCACAGAAGAAUUCUUUUCUUAUAUUCUGUAGCUCCAUAACACAGUUACUAAUUUUGUUUUCUGAGACAAAAACCUGGACACCAGCCUUGACUGAAAGCUAUUUUUUCCUUGCCCAUUGUAACACAUCACCAAGUUCUGGUAAGGUUAUCUCCUGCAGUAAUCUUUUCUAAAGCCUCACUGAUUCAGCCCUAAUUUCAGGUGUGAUCUCCUUUUUCCUGGCUAAGCACUGAGUACUACCAUGCUGCCUAAUUGGCCUACCUCCCUGAUGUCUUGUGCCACCAAACGUGCAUUCUACAUACAUCAUCCCAAGGUUGAUCUUUUACAAGUGUAAGUGCAAUUUCACUUCUCUGAUUUACAAUCAUUUACAUGACUCAGGAUAAAGUCCUUAUUUUUUGCAUGGCCCUUCAUGGUCUAUCUUCUUGCUUUUCUCUUCAGCUUACUCACUUGCUGUCCCUCUUCCCACUCACCCUUAAUCAUAUUAAACAACACUAAGUAGUUUAUUAAUUUCUUCAGCGGGAAUUCCCAUAUAUUUAGAUUUCAUGUGACCUUCUGCACUAACGAAGCACCUCAGAUUUUUAGAUUUUACAGCCUAUCAACCAUAGGAAUAUGUAGAAAACAUUAGUGUCAUUAACAUUGGAUAAAAAAGAGGCUGAUUCAGUGCCAGAAAAGAUGACCUUAAACUGAACUAUUAAUAUGGAACCGUUUUGGCUUUGAAACAUUUGGUGCACUGUCUUAAUUUCCACACUAGGAAAUGGGUAAAAAGAAAUCAUUUUUUGUUCAACAAUUCUCUGAGGUGUCCUUUCAUUUGAAAUCACUGCUGUAAAGUCGACUAUGUUCUCUUUCACCCCAGGGUCUUUGCAUUGCUCCCCACAACCUCUUUCUGAAAUCUGUUCUCUCUCCUCCUUACACUUUUCAUCAGAUCAACCACACUCCUACAAAUGUCAGCUUAAAUGUUGCCUGCCUCCUGGCACCCAUGUUGUAUUCUAGGCGUCUGUGUUCUCAUUUUUCUGCUGCACCCAGCUGUAAUUUUUGAGUGACUGCAGUUUUUUCAAUAGUAAGAUCUCACUGUUUUGUAAAUUUUCAGUUACCUCUAAAACACUAACACAUUGGCACCAGUGCUGCAACUUGUGUUAGUUAAACCACUUUCAAGUAAGAGCCACCAAUAGUACAUGCUGGCUUCAAUGUGCUGAUAAGCAAGAAAACGCUUUACAAUUAGAGCUAUAGUGUAACCUCUUAUGACCUCUGGAUAGUAUACAUUUUAUAUUUAUUAAACUUUAAUGAACUUAACUUGAACCACAAUGUUUAUGUAUAAAAUUUCUUGAUUGCUCUAUGUUUAUAAAUAUCCUAUCAGUUAAUUAAUACUAAUCUAAAAUUAAAAAAUAGUAAUGACAAUGUAAAACUGCUCUGUUACUUCUGAUGUUAAGUGAAUUAGAACUUUGCCUUUCCUUCAAGUGUUCAUGUGAACAUUCCGAGAUAUUUUGGAUACUAAAUAAACUUUA